AUGGCCUCUCUAUCCUCCUACGUCGACUUCUCCCAACCGAGCCUCUGGCUCUCCAUAGCCUCCAUCCUCUUCAACCCCACCUUCUGGAACAUCGCCGCCCGCAGCGAAUACCACAACAAAACCCUCACCCGCCUCGCCGGCGGCAACGCCCUCUACGGCUGCUACGCCCUCGCCGCCACCAUCUUCUGCCUCGGCCUCGUCCGCGACGCCAUCUAUGAGCGCGCUUUGCGGUUCCAACCCGCCCACCCUGCCCUGCUCGGUUUCGUGCCACAAGCACUCGCCGCCGGGCUCGUGGUGAGCGGGAACGUGCUGGUCUUGACGUCCAUGUGGGCGUUGGGCAUCACGGGCACAUAUUUGGGGGACUACUUCGGCAUCCUGAUGGACGAGAUCGUGACCGGGUUCCCGUUCAACGUCACCGGGAGUCCGAUGUACUGGGGCAGCACGAUGAGCUUCGCGGGGACGGCGAUUUGGUUCGGCAAGCCCGCGGGGCUGGUGUUGACGUUUGUCGUGUUUGCGGCGUAUAGUGUUGCGUUGCGGUUCGAGGAUCCGUUUACGGCGGAGAUUUAUGCGAAGAGGGAGAGGGAGCAGAAGGCGGGCAGUAAGAAGGCGAAGUAG